GAGGCUCUUUUACUUUGGGUACUGCGUGUCUAUUGUUUUCUGUCCUAAUGAGGAACACAUUUUUUUUUCGUACUGAUGAUGACAUAACAAGAGUUGGCGUAACUCUCGGUUUACUUCGUGUCGGAAAGGGGGAUGUUGACUGUUGAAUUGCACUUUAAAUCACGAGCAUUUAAUUUUCUCACUGCUCCAGACGUGAUGGAAAAACUUUCUGUGUUUUAGCAAAUGAACAAAAACAAUCAACUUUUGACUCCGGUGAAGGCUACAACCCGGUGUAGUUUAGGUUGGUAUUCCAGGGACAGCGCAGCGAUAUGAUUUCAUGUUAAUUUCUCUCUGGGAUGCUGGAGUUGGACUAUUAUCAGGGAAAUAUUCCUCAACGGAGUAGGAUCAGCAGUUUGCCUGUUAGAUCACAUCACAACGAGUUGCCAAACCUUCACUGUCAUUCCAUUUCCAGGCUCUUUGCAAAGUUGAACUCAUACUCCGCGUUGAUGUUGGAAAAAACGUCCACGUGCUCUUCGCCCGAGAUCCACCCGUUCUUCCCCCCCGAGGAGGACAGCCACCUAGGGGGUUAGAUGGUGCUGAUCACGGAUGAGAGAGACGGAGGUGGCUCCUCUACUACGGUCCGAGUCAAACAGCAGCAGCAGAACCCCAAAGGCGCCAGCGGCAUCGCCCAGGUCCAUCCAACCAUUACUGAGGAAUCACCGUCCUUAUCAGACGAUGACUCAUACCUCGGGUCCUGCGAGUCAGAGGGGGAUGAGUACGAGGAAUACGACGAUUUCUCGUUAUUACCGGACAGUAAAAGUAUCGCUUCGGACGACUCCUUUUACCCACCGGACGAUGUGUUCGCGGACAACGAGCGGACCCCCUCUCCACCGAGUCCCGAGCCGCUGACGUUCUUCCAGGCGUGUUGCACCAACAACGCCACGAUAGUCCGGAUCAUGAUCCGACAAGGUGUGGGGGUAGAGGAGGUGAGGGAGACGGAUAAAAACAACAGGACGGGGCUGAUGGUGGCGUGUUACCAGGGUUACGUUGAUGUUGUCAUAGCGCUGGCCCAGUGUUCUCACCUGGAUGUCAAUUGGCAGGACAAGGAGGGGAACACUGCCCUCAUCACCGCUGCCCAGGCAGGUCACAUAAUGAUCAGUAACUACCUGUUGAACUACUUCCCUGGUCUGGACAUAGAGAGGAGGAACUGUCAUGGCUUCACUGCUCUGAUGAAGGCUGCUAUGCAGGGCAAGGUGGAGUGUGUACGAGCCCUGAUGCUAGCAGGAGCUGACAUGGAGACGAGAGACUUUGGUCGUAAGCUGACCUCCAGAGAGUGGGCGCUCUUCACGGGACGCUACGAAACCGCCUGGGCCAUGACACGCCUUCUCUCCCGACCCUGUCCUUAUCAACUGUGUGACGCUUACAGUCCAGAGUGGCCUCAGCUGGCGUCUCUAGUAUCUAAGGCCCGGGAGCCUCGAGGCUGUAUGCAGCGUAUAUCAGACACCAUACGAAACGCUCUGACAUUCGCUAACAUCACAGAGCCUGACGACGAAGGAGUCUUAGAUCACCUAGUCACCGUGACAACAGCCCUAGGGAGCCCCUUUGUGGCACUGGCGUGUACCACCGUGUGUCCGUCAAGCCCGCCCUGCGUGGGUAAACGUCGCUUCUCCGUCCCGGAGAUUCUCCGACGCCAACGGGCCAAAGAACUGAAAACCCAGAACCCUGAGAGGCUCGACGACCACCGCAAACUCUUCCAGAAUUCACGGGUCACUCUGGUGCCUAAACCUCCAAAGGAUCGGCGGUCCAGCCUCCCGCCGCAGAACAAAAGCCCCACCACGACUAACCCGGGUACGGUGUCUGGGUCUGGGGCCGUUUCCUCGGUGGCCCUGCGUAGAGCUAGCCUGCUGCCCCUGGGUAUGGUGAGACGUAGUAGUGUACGGCCAGGGCUGUCCAUUCCCAAGGUGAGAAUCACUAAGGCCCCAACGCCAACCUAUGAACCUGAGAGAGUCCGCAGGAAGAGCAGCUUUAAAGACGGUGGGGGCAACUUCCUGCAGCUCCCAAAGUGGAGGUAUAAAGAACUGAAGGAGGAGAGGAAGAGAGCGGAGGAGGCAGAUAGGAGGAGGGUGGAGGUGGCCACGAGACGGCACCUGGCUGUCGGGAAGAGGAAAUGACCCCACAAGAGGAAGUGAUGUCACUCCACCCUUUCCUCCACUGUUGCCAGGCCAGUAGAUAGUGUUCAAGGGGGUUGGAUACUUGAAAUGUUUGAUGUUAACUUAUUUUCGUAUUUAUUUUGCUUUCUUUGGAGUAAAAGUGACAGCGCUUUAUUUUGUAAUGCAUUUCCUUCACAAAAUCAGCAGUAUUUUAAUAGGGUGAUUUCUGUAUUACCUGGCACUUACCCAGGUUACAAACCCAUAUGACCUGACUGACUACAGAUAAUGUUUCACUGAUAUAUCUGACGCAUCACAAAUGGAAACGUUCUUGCCUAAAAUGACACAAUAAGCAUCAGGGAAGGGUUUGAAUGGGACAAAUAAGAAGGGUUACAAUAUUGCGUAGCCUAUAAAACCAUUGAGUAAGCCUACCAGCAUGUCAAACUGAUUUACCGCCAAAGAUAAACAUAACCUUUAUUUUAUAAGCAAUGGCAUUUGUCUGAGCAAUAAUAGUUUCUUUUUAGAUAGGCACCAUGGUAUGUUUAUAUUGGCUUUUUGAAAGCUUUUUUAAUUCUGUGAAUGUAUUUUGCAUAUAGAUUGUACCGAAAGGUUGCUGGAUCGAAUCCCCAAGCUGACAAGGUAAAAAUCUGUCGUUCUACCCCUGAGCAAGGCAGUUAACCCACUGUUCCCCGGGCGCCGAAGGCGUGGAUGUGGAUUAUGGCAGCACUUCCACACCUCUCUGAUUGAGGGGUUGGGUUAAAUGCAGAAGACAUUUCAGUUGAAUGCAUUCUGCUGUACACCUGACUAGGUAUCCUCCUUUCCGUUUCAUCAGGUAUUGUCAAUAAGAGAUAUAAAAGGUGGCUUUUUUUAAUCCCUUUUUAUUAUCUACUAAAGUAGACACAUUAAGAGAAUGUGAAUGAAAUGGGUUUUAAAGUCUGAAAGAAAUAUCCCAACACUGCACUGUUGUGAUGUGACACUUAUGGGCUCUAGUCAGUCCGUAUCGCUGAAAGCAUUACGGAUUAUGCGAGACAUUUUAAGGUCAUUUCCGAUUGAGCCGACAUAUGCAGUGUUUACCGUGAAUGCAGCCGCUGCUAAUACGAGAACAUUGCUUUUGCAUCACUUCCAUGAUACGGAUUGAAUAGAGCGCAUUAUCUAGCAUGUGGGGGGGAAACUGGAACAAUAUCCUGAAAUGUUUGCAUAUUAUGAAUGAGAUCUACAAAUUGCUACACUGACCUCAGAUCAGAGUGCUUAAUACAAACGUGUACUUCGAUGACAAAAAGACAGAACAGAGGUCAUAAGAGUAAGGAACUAUUCCAUGUAACUUGGUUCAGACAUUUAAUAGAAAAUUGAUGAAAAUAGCUGGGAGGUAUGAACAUAAACAGCAACUGGAAAGCACUGAUAUUAUAUUAUUAUGGUAGGGAUUGAAGAGAAGAUCAUUUCACGGUAAUAACCCCAAGGACAGGACAGGAAGCUUUAAGUGCAAUCUUCAAGUGUGUCUAAUAGCCAUGGUGAUCAGUUGCUGUGGCGUUACCAGGGGGCAGUGGUUGGCCAAAUAAUAAUGUCUGUAAAUAAAUGGAGCGGGCUAUGCAGGAGUGUAACACUGAAAUGCUUCCCAGUGGAAGGUAAUCUUAACUUGAAAAUGACAAAGUGCAUAUUUCGACUCGCCCCCAGACAUAUCGCUAAACACUCUAGACAAAUUCUGUUUGCCCCAUCUCCUCAAAGUGUUCACUGGUGGAAACUCCCUAAACACUCUGCUUAUACAGUUGAAGUCAGAAGUUUACAUACACUUAGGUUGGAGUCAUUAAAACUCAUUUUUCAACCACUCCACAAAUUUGUUAACAAACUAUAGUUUUGGCAGGUCAGUUAGGACAUC